GAACACCAACGCCUUUGAUUAUCUUAUUCUCAUCAACUUUGUACCACGUACAAUCCCAGGAAACGUACAAACAAAGGAUUUGUUGAGUUUUGUUUUGUGGGGGGGAAGUGAAAGAAGUGUAAUGUUAAGGGAGUGAAGUGAAAUAAAGUCUUGGCCUACGGCAAUCCGAACAGCCAGCUAUCGCUUCAGAAAUCUUAUCCUUUCAGCUCUUCGGACACAAGUUUUUGUCCCCAUUUCGGCUCGUCUGCGAAUCGCCAAACCCGCCAAUAUUAUCUCAAUUUCUGUAUUUCCCUUAUCUUUAACCCCCUCUGCCACUUACUAAUUUCCCGUUAUUUUUAUGAAUCUUUAGGGGGGCUCAAUCUAUCUUACUGCCAUUCCUUAUCUUUUUUCUUUCUUUUUUUGAACCCUCGAGUCAUCGCCGGACUUAAAGGCUCUAUCUUUAUCCGAUUGAAUCGAGGGGGGUUUGUUAAUUCUGUUAAUUUUAUCUUUCUUUCUGGGUUUUUUCUGGGUUUUCUGGGUUGGGUUAUUCUUGGAUUGUUUUUGGGGUAAUGGCUUUGGUGUCGGCUUUGCUUGAGAUUUUCCAAAAGCCCUCAAUUGGGGAUGUAAUACUUGAGCUGAUGGUGUUUACCACGCCUAUCUGGGUAGCUGUGGUGAUUGGAGUUCUUGUGGGUUGGGCAUGGAAGCCCCGAUGGGCUAAUCUUUGUGCUAGCAGAGAUUCCUUUGACUCUUUCGUGUCAUCCUCUACUGGGAUAAACUUGCAGCAGGUGUUCAGUGGGUUUAGCUCAAUCCCAGCAUUGAAAUUGCAAAUUCCCAAAUGCUUUUCUUGGAUUUCUGAGGAGACUUCUUCACCUCUCUCACCUAACUCCAGUUCUCCCCUGCCAGAAAAUGAUAAAUCCAGAGUUGUAGAUGAGAAUGACCUUUAUCAUUUGUACCAAUUAGUUGAAGAGAAGGAUGAUGGCCCUGCCUGGAUUCAGAUGAUGGACCGGUCUGCAACGAACAUGAGUUAUCAAGCAUGGAGAAGAGAUCCUGAGACUGGUCCUCCGCAAUACCGGAGCAGAACUGUGUAUGAGGAUGCUACUCCUGAAAUGGUGAGGGAUUUCUUUUGGGAUGAUGAAUUUCGAGCGAAGUGGGAUGAUAUGCUAGUUCAUGCUCAAACGUUGGAAGAUCAUCCUUCCACCGGAACUAUGUUGGUUCAGUGGGUGCGCAAGUUUCCAUUCUUUUGUAGUGAUAGAGAAUACAUCAUUGGCCGACGAAUCUGGAAAUCUGGACAGACUUAUUAUUGUGUUACUAAGGGUGUGCGAAAUGAUGUUCCACGACAGAGCAAACCAAGACGUGUUGAUUUGUAUUAUUCUAGUUGGUGUAUUAAGCCAGCUGCUUCCAAGAGAGAUGGUCAGAUGACUGCCUGCGAGGUGGUACUCUUUCACCACGAGGACAUGGGCAUACCUUGGGAAAUCGCGAAACUUGGUGUUCGCCAGGGCAUGUGGGGAGCUGUCAAGAAGAUCGACCCCGGUCUGCGUGCAUAUCAGAAACACAGAGCAACCGAGGCCCCAUUGUCUCGAUCCGCCUUAAUGGCUCAGAUCAACACAAAAGUUACGACUGACGACCUGCGCUCGCUGGAGAUAAGACGCACCAUGUCCGAAGCAGAAACCUCGGGUUCUUCUGAUAAGCCAACCGGGAGGAACAUACCUAAGCUCCUCGUCGUUGGUGGAGCCGUCGCCCUCGCCUGUAGCAUCGACCGCGGCCUCCUCACCAAGGCCCUCAUAUUCGGCGUUGCUCGGCGGUUCGCCGGGUUCGGGAAGAGAUUGUGAGAUGAUUUUACCCAGAAAUUGGUCAUCCCCAACCCUAAAUUGCUUCUCCAGCCAAGAUUGAUCCAUAAUUGAGAAAAUGAAUGUAUUCUAUUUGUAAUUCUUAGAAAUUUUGAUCCUAGAGAUAAGUGUGCAAAUCAUAACCACCAAUUUAUGGAUCAUUAAUUUGGAGUUGAAAAUGUUCAACACUGUUACACCA